AAGAGCCGUUAGCUUGGUUUCAGUUCACUUCAGUUUAGUUUAGUCCAGUUCAGCUCAUAGUUCAGUCCAGUUCAGCUGAGCUGAGUUAGUUCUCCGGCUGUCAGAGAGCUGCUGCAGUGAUGUGGGUCGCGGUCGGUCUUGUUGUCGUGCUGCUGGUCGUGUUACUCCUCAAAAAUGUGCUCGGCUCAUCCGGACCGAGUCCUUUUGACUUCGACUCCCGCGAACCUCUGAAGCCGAUGGUACUGGAUAAGAAAGAGAAGAACAAAGUGCUGAAACAAGGCUUUCUUGCCAGCAAAGUCCCUCAAAACCUUGAUGCCAUUGUGAUUGGCAGUGGCGUCGGUGGACUCGGUAUUGCAGUUUUGCUGGCGAAGGUUGGAAAGAAGGUUCUGGUACUUGAACAGCAUGACCGGGCUGGAGGAUGCUGCCACACCUUCUCAGAGAAAGGCUUCGAAUUUGAUGUUGGUAUCCACUACAUUGGUGACCUGGUGGAAAAUAAACCGCUGCGGUGCAUAUCAGAUCAACUGACCAAUGGACAGCUACAGUGGGAGCCACUAGACAACCCCUUUGAUCAUGUGGUCCUGGGCCCCCCAGAGAACCGCCGUGUCUACCCCAUUUAUAGUGGCAAAAAUCGCUACGCUCAGGAGUUGAAGAAGUGCUUCCCAGGAGAGGAGAAGGCCAUCGAUGAGUUCAUUAGACUGACUAAGAAAUGUGGUCACGGUGUUUGGUGGAUGCCUUUGUUGAAGAUCAUUCCCUCUCUGAUUGCUAAAUUCCUGGUCUACUCAGGUUUGAUCAAUCGUCUGUCGUAUUUCUUUCGUUAUGGAACCCGUAGCCUGGCUGAGGUGGUGAACGGCCUCACUCAGAAUGAAGACCUGAGGGCUGUGUUCUGCUACAUCUUUGGCACAUAUGGAAACAUACCAAAAGAAGCCAGCUUCUCCAUGCAUAGUCUGCUUUUGUGCCACUACAUGCCCGGUGCCUGGUACCCUAAGGGAGGAGCGAGUGAGAUUGCCUUUCACAUGAUUCCCAUCAUAGAGAAGGCAGGAGGAGCCGUCCUCGUCAGAGCACCUGUCAACCGCAUCCUCCUCAACGACGCCAAGGAGGCUAUAGGUGUGAGUGUUAUGAAGGGACAUGAGGAGGUGCAUGUGCACGCUCCCAUCAUCAUCUCAGAUGCUGGAGUCUUCAACACCUACCAGCAGCUCCUGCCCAAAGAAGUGCAGGCCAUGCCAGCGAUCCAGAAGCAGCUGAGUUUUGUGAAGCAUGGAGAAGGCGGACUCAGUGUCUUUCUGGGUCUGGAAGGGACAAAAGAAGAGUUGGGUCUCGAAGCUAAAAACUACUGGGUCUUCCCCGAGAACAAUCUGGAUGAGCUGGUGGAGGGCUACAGGAAAGAACAGAGGGAAGAAGCUAUAAAGAGUGUACCUCUGAUUUUUAUUGCCUCGCCAUCUGCCAAAGACCCCACCUGGGAGCAGAGAAAGCCAGGUAAAUCCACUCUGAGUCUAGUGAGUUUUGCCCCCUACUCGUGGUUCGAGGAAUGGAAAGAUGACAGGGUGAAAAACAGGGGGGCUGACUAUAAGGAACUAAAGGAGACCCUCCUCAACUCCCUAUUAGAAGUGGUGUAUCAGGUGUUCCCCAAGAUCAAGGACAGGAUAGAGUACCUGGAUGUAGGCACUCCAAUCACUAACCAGCACUAUAUAGCGGCUCCUAAAGGAGAGAUUUAUGGAGCUGACCAUGGCACUGCCCGCUUCAGUGCAGAAUUUUGCAUCUCCAUGAAACCACAAACCCCCAUCAAAAAUCUCUACCUUACAGGCCAAGAUCUGUUUUCGUGCGGCUAUGCUGGUGCGCUGGCUGGUGCUAUGGUGUGUGGCUCUGUGAUUCUCAACCGCAACCUUUAUGUGGACGUCUUGGCUCUCUGCAAGAAACUCAAAAGAGCCAACAAAAAAGCCGAGUGACCAGAGCAACACUCCUUCAGUCCUGGCUGAGCACUGUAACGGUGGAAAGAAGCAUUCAAACCCGGCUGAACCACAUCCGCGUCAUCAUCGUACGAAGAAACCCCUGCCCUGUUGGCACCACUGCUUUAUUCUUAUAUCUCUACUAAACAGUUCCACAGGAACGUCCUCACAAACUUUAUCCCACUUUAUAACUAAAAGAGAACAAAUUUAGUGAAUGCUACUGGAUGUAUUUUUAUGCAGUAUCAUUACAUAUGCUAAUAUGCAAAAGUACAUAUUACUUACAGAGAACAGAUGAAUACACUGUUUAAUGUACAAUUACACAGCUGUACAACUUGAAUGUAACAUGUUGGAGGACAUCAUGUGAAAGGUGUGUUUUUUUUCCCAGUAUGUUAACAUACAUACAAAUUACAAAGAAAUACACAGUGUGUACAUUAUUCUCUGUGGAGGAUGUGUUAACUGUUCUCACUUAGAAAAUGAACAAAGCAUGAAAUUUGACUGGGAGUAUUCAAACUUCUGCAUAUGACCAUGUGUAUGUGCUUCUAUUGCAAACGCAGUAGUUUGUAAUAAGCAUACAUUAAUUGCAGAUGUUUUUAACUUACACAUACUUAAUUACAAGCUUCACCACUUUUCAGCCUUUUUUGUGUUUUAGAGAGAAGCAUUGAUUAUUUCUGAAUUUGCCAAUUAUUUGAUAUAUGUUUUUUUUUCCCUUAAUGAGCUUUACAGUAGUAUGUAUCUAGGUUUACAUUGUGUAAUAUGGUUUAGGGUUCCUCUUAAUUGAUUUGUCUGCCUUUGGGGAUCUCCCCAAAAUAUAAUCUAAAAAAAAUCUGUUGCUAAAAAAUGUUUUUAAUCUCUUCAAUUUGAAAGUCUGUUUAGUAACACGUGACAGGACUUGUUUUUCCAUGUUUACACAGAUGGAAUAUGAGAUUUUUAAGCUUUUCUUUUUUAGAUUUUAACCAUUUUCAUUAAUGAAUGUGCUUAUUUGAGCUCAUCAGUGUGAAGAGGGAAACGGACAUGAAAUAUAAACCUGCUUUGAGAAUUGACAGCAUGAGUAGUUUUGAGUGUUGCUGGUCAUCAGUAGUUAAUAUUUCUUUAUGCUGCGGUUACAUAGGACUGAUGUGCCUUAUGGUUGUUCAUGGUAAAGAUGAAAUGAUGUUUCUGUAAAAGUACUUGCCUGAUGUGCUUUCAUUUUUUUAAUAAUCUCGUGAUUAAAUGGUGAGAGAAAUUUAGUUAUGAUCUGAUGCCUAGUUUUUUAAAGAAGCCUGCCUAACACUGAACUUGUCUACUUUCAGAUGCACUGUUUGCUGUAUUUACUAAAAGUGUGUAUGUAAAGGUUUGCACUGACAUGGUCUUGUACUGUAUCUUACAGUUCUGACUAUAUGAAGCUGCCUCAUAUGCGGAAAUGGUUGUAAUAUCCUGCAGCAAUAAAGAUAUAAAGAACUA